AUGAAGUUCGCCCAUUUCCUGGAGGAGAACAGGCGGGCGGAAUGGGCGGAGCACUAUGUUGACUACCGGCUGCUGAAAAAGCGGCUGAAGGCGGUGGGCGCCAGCCUGGACGGCGGCGGCGCACACAUGGAGCACUGGCCGACCAGCGCGUCGCUGAGCGUCGCGCGCGGCGGCAGCGAGGCGAGCCUGGCCGGCCUGGCUUCGGCGUCGACGCAGGAAGAGGCGUUUUUGGUCGCCCUCCAGCAGCAGAUCGCGCGGGUCGCCGCGUUCACGGAGCGCACCAGCGAGGCCCUCCGCGCGUCCCUGCGUGAGCUGCGGGCCGGCGCGCCCGCGCUCGCGCGCGCGGCGCCGGCGGCGCUGCGAGGGGAGGCGCGGCGGCUGGGGGACGAGGUGCUGGAGCUUGAGAGGUUCAUACAGCUCAACCAGGGUUCACAAGUGUGA